AACCACGAAUUUAAAACCCUCUUUCUUGUAACCCCAAAAAACUAAAAACCCUCUUUCUAUUAUUAAGCCCUCUCUUAUUCAUUUCCGUUGUGUGUGUUCGAUUGUUGAAAAAUACGGAAGCGAUGGAGGAAGACUUCGACAUUCCCCAAGCCGAUGAGAUGAACGAGGAUUUCGAUCUCCCCGUCGACAAGAUCGGCGAGGAGAAACAGAUCGGCAUCAACGGCCUGAAGAAGAAGCUCCUCAAACAAGGUCAAGGCUGGGAAACCCCCGAUGUAGGCGACGAAGUCCAAGUUCACUACACUGGAACUUUGCUCGAUGGGACUAAGUUUGACUCGAGCCGCGACAGGGAUACACCUUUCACGUUCACGCUAGGACAAGGGCAAGUGAUUAAAGGAUGGGACGAAGGUAUAAAAACGAUGAAGAAAGAUGAAAAUGCGAUUUUCACGAUUCCUCCUGAGCUAGCUUAUGGUGAAUCUGGUUCACCUCCAAUUAUUCCUCCAAAUGCGACGCUUCAAUUCGAUGUUGAGCUUCUCUCUUGGACUAGUGUCAAGGACAUAUCUAAGGAUGGUGGUAUAUUUAAGAAGAUAAUCAUUGAAGGAGACAAAUGGGAGAACCCUAAGGAUCUUGAUGAAGUGUUCGUUAAGUAUGAAGUUCGACUUGAAGAUGGAAAGCUUGUAGCAAAGUCUGAUGGAGUGGAAUUCACCCUCAGAGAGGGUCAUUAUUGUCCUGCGUUUUCAAAAGCUCUUAAAACCAUGAAGAAGGGAGAGAAGGUGAUUUUGACAGUAAAGCCACAAUAUGGAUUUGGUGAGAAGGGGAAGCCAGCGCAUGGUGAUGAAGGUGCAGUUCCACCAAAUGCGACAUUGCAGAUCACUCUUGAGUUAGUCUCUUGGAAGACUGUUUCAGAAGUAACUGAUGAUAAGAAGGUCAUGAAGAAGAUCCUCAAGGAAGGGGAAGGAUUUGAACGUCCAAAUGAGGGGGCCAUUGUGAAUUUGAAAUUGAUUGGUAAGCUGCAAGAUGGUACUGUCUUUUUGAAAAAGGGCCACGAUGAAGAAGAGAAGCUCUUUGAAUUCAAAACAGAUGAGGAGCAAGUCGUUGAUGGACUUGAUAGAGCUAUAUUGACUAUGAAGAAGGGUGAGGUCGCAUUAUUGACUAUUGCGCCUGAGUAUGCUUUUGGUUCAUCAGAGUCCCAGCAAGAGUUGGCUGUGAUUCCUCCUAAUUCAACCGUGUAUUAUGAAGUUGAGCUAGUGUCAUUUGAGAAGGAGAAGGAGUCCUGGGAUAUGAACACUCAAGAGAAAAUUGAAGGAGCUGGUAAGAAGAAAGAAGAAGGGAAUGCGUUGUUCAAAGCUGGUAAAUAUGCAAGAGCUUCCAAAAGAUAUGAAAAGGCUGUGAAGUACAUCGAGUAUGACUCCGCCUUUAGUGAGGAGGAGAAAAAGCUGGCCAGGACCUUGAAGGUUGCCUCCAAUCUGAACAAUGCUGCUUGUAAGUUGAAGUUAAAAGACUACAGAGAAACUGAGAAAUUGUGUACUAAGGUGUUGGAUCUUGAGAGUACAAACGUGAAAGCACUCUAUAGAAGGGCCCAGGCAUAUAUGGAGUUGACCGACUUGGAUUUGGCUGAAUUCGACAUUAAGAAAGCUCUUGAGCUUGACCCUGACAACAGGGAUGUCAAGCUGGAGUACAGGACUUUGAGGGAAAAGGUGAAGGAGUAUAAUAAAAAGCAGGCGACAUUUUAUGGAAAUAUGUUCAAGUUGACAAAGAUUGGUUCCUAAUAGCAAAAAUAAACCAGAUACCGAUGGUUCUGAACUCGGAGAUAUUGGCAACAAAAUCUAAACGUCAUCCAAUCUUUAUUUGCGAAGAUUGGAAGUUUGAGUCCCUGUUUUUCUGGGAUUUGAUCUUUCGUUGUAUCCUUUGUAGACUUUUGAAAAAGUGGUAGACAUUCAUUUCGUAUUUAGUAUGGAGUGUUAGCAUAAUUGACUUAAUUAAAUCUUUUCCCGAUUUACUCUAAUGGUUUGUACAAGAACCACUAGUACAUUUCACAGGGUGGAAAUAGAAUAUAUGACAAGCUUUGAGUGUUUGGAUUAGAUUAAUAAAGAGAAGAGAAAAUUAAAAACUUGGUUUUAUAUGCGCAUAAUCAGCUAUUUUGAGAUAUCCAAAAAAUAUCUUGUUUGGAUUGAGUUAAUAGUUAUGUAGAAAAUUUCUAAAAUAAUUAAAAAUUGUCAAAAUAUUUAUUUGUUAAUGGGAAACUAACUAUUUUUUAUACGAAAUAAUCCUGAAAAACUUUGAAAUCAUAGGCUUGGAAGUAUGGGCUCUUCAAAAUAGCACGUAUUAAACAAAAUGCGAUAAGUUUUCAAAUGACUACAUCUUUCCAGAAAAAUCGUAUCAUUUGUUGUCUGUUUCUCAGCCUUUUACCCAUCGAGUGCAUUGAGAGAGAAUAAGAGGGAAGUUGGCUUGAGAGUUAAUGAAGAUUGGUUUUUCUUGUUUAGAAAUAGGGAAGGAACGAAAACCCAAGCAUGGCAAAUUGGAAAAUUAUGUCUUGGCUCGCGAGAAAGAAAGGAGCAAUUGCAGCACAAUCACUUGAGUUAUUUGAGUAGGACAUGUGUAUUAUACUUUAGUAUAUUUUUUUAG